CUCCGUUUCGCCGGCGAGGAUCGACCGAGCCGACUUGCCGUCGCUGUCGUCGGUCGCCGCGCGCACAGACACAAACACCCCUUGGGGAGCGCACGGUUCACUCGCCGGUUAACUGCCUCCGCCGAGCCGCUUGUUUGACUCGUCCACCCGCCACGCCACUCCACCACCGCCGGCUAUAUAUGGCGCGCCAAACCAAACGGCCGCCUCACCCUCACGAGCCAAGCCGGGACACCACCUCACCUCCUCCUACCUUCCUCCUCGUCAGCAGGAGCCGGGAAUCGCAGAGGAUGGGCGCGACGCUGCUGCAGGCGGUGGCGGCGCUGGUGGGCCGGCUCCAGCGGGCGGCGCGGAGGAUGGCGGCCGGCGCUGGACGGGGCGGCAACGGCAAGGGGUCGCCGCCCCGCGCCGCCGCCGUGGCGCCGUGGAAGAAGACGUUCUCGCUGGCGCCGGCCGGGAAGGCGGCCAGGGAGGCCGAGGCCGGGGUGUGGAGGAAGGAGAUCCUCAUGGGGGAGCGCUGCCAGCCGCUCGACUUCUCCGGGGUCAUCUACUACGACGCCGAGGGCCGCCGCCUCGCGCAACCGCCGCCGCCGAGGUCGCCCAUGCGCAGCCCGCUCCCGGCGUCGCCCAGGAUCGCCGCCAACGCCCGCGCCUACUAGUAGCUGCUCUCUAGUCAGGGACCAGAGCGCGCGCCUCGAGGUUGCUCUUGUCCGCAGCGCGUUGGCGAGGGGUUUUGGCUGCAGGAUGGCAAAGCUUGCUCAGUUUUUGUUGGGGGUAUGGUGAGGCAGAGUGUGUGUCUGCUUGGGGAUUGUAGCUCUACGCCUGUACAUGGUAAUGAUCUUGGUGUUCGUCGUCGUCGUCGUCUUCUUCUUCUUCUUUCUUUCUGUUUUUUAUUGGUGCUGUAAUUCUAGGACAUGCGAGAGCUCAUUGAGUUGAGGACUAUACUGUCCGAUUUGCAACUUUUCAUUCAGCUCGUCAGUAAGGCGAUACAUUUUCUCACUUUCAUGGCA